AUGGAUACCCUGACGCAGAUGAUGGCCCAGCGGGGGCAGCGCAUGGAAAAGGAAGAGAUCAAGUCUUGGAGCAAACCCAUGGAGACUACUGUAAACCCCAGCACCCAGAAACGCGCCUGGAUCCUGGACCCGUCGGGCGACUGGUACUAUUCCUGGCUCAACGUGAUGGUCAUUCCUGUCGCAUACAACUGGGUCGUCAUUAUCUGCAGGUCCUGCUUUGCGGAGGUUCAGUGCCGGUACCUGGGCGUCUGGCUGAGUCUGGACUAUUUGUGUGACCUCCUGUAUGUGAUGGACAUUAUCGCCAGCUUCCAUACCGGCUUUCUGGAAGAAGGGGUCCUGGUCACCCACCGGGGGCAGAUUGCUAAGAAGUAUAUGCUCUCCUCCAAAUUCCGCUGGGACGUCCUCUCCGUGCUCCCGACUGAUUUUCUCUACUUCAGGUUUGGAGUCCACACUCCAGCCGUGCGAGUCAAUCGCUUCCUGCACUUCCACCCCCUCUUCGAGGCCUUUGAAAGAACGGAGACCCGCAUCCCUUACCCCAACGCCUUCCGGAUCUGCAAGCUCAUGGCCUACAUCUUUGUGGUGAUCCACUGGAACAGCUGCAUCUACUUCGCUUUAUCCAGUUACAUUGGCUUCGGCAAAGAUGAGUGGGUCUACCCCAACAUCACCGACCCCGACUUUGGACGGCUGGAGCGACAAUAUCUGUACAGCUUUUACUUCUCCACCCUCAUCCUCACCACCGUUGGGGACAUUCCCGCUCCCAUGCAGGAGGAGGAAUACAUCUUCAUGGUGGUCGAUUUCCUCAUCGCGGUCCUUGGCUUUGCUACUAUCAUGGGGAGUAUCAGUUCCAUCAUCUCCAACAUGAACAACGCGGACAAGGCCUUCUACCCGAACAUUGACCAAGUGAAGCUGUAUCUGAAGAUGUACAAGGUCAACAGAUCCUUGAAGAAGAAGGUAAUCUCUUGGCACCAUCAUCUCCAGAUCAACAAAAAGCUAACCAACGAGAAUGUGAUUCUGCAGCACCUGCCCGAGAAGCUCCGGGUCGAAGUCGCCGUAAGCGUCCACCUGCCAACGCUCAGCAAAGUGCAGAUCUUCCAGCAUUGUGAGAAGAGCCUGCUGGAGGAGCUCGUUCUAAAGCUGAAGCCUCAGGUCUACAGCCCGGGGGAGUACGUCUGCAAGAAGGGGGACAUCGGGAGGGAGAUGUACAUCAUCAAGGAGGGCAAACUGGCCGUUGUCGCGGAUGACGGGGUGACUCAGUUCGCCGUGCUGGGGGAAGGAAACUACUUUGGAGAAAUCAGCAUCCUGAACAUUAAAGGUAACACGUCGGGGAACCGAAGAACCGCCAACAUCAAGAGCAUCGGCUAUUCCGACCUGUUCUGCCUCUCCAAGGAGGACCUCACGGAAGUGCUGACCGAGUACCCGGGCGCCAAAUCCAUUCUGGAGGAGAAGGGGCGCGAAAUCUUGCUAAAAAUGAACAAGCUGGACGAGCGUUUGGCGGACGAGCUGGCGGCCAAACAGCAAGAGCUGGAGGAGAAGGUGAGGAGGCUGGAAGCGAACCUGGAAUCCCUGCAGACAAAGCUGGCCCGACUCCUGGCCGAACUGGAGUCCAGCGCCGUGAAGAUGUGGCGAAGGGUUAAACGCCUGGAGUGGGAGAUAAGCCUGUGGGAAGAGGGGCCCUCCGAGGGGGCCGAGUCUGUAGACUAGGCUGAUAUCUGGUUGAAUGGCAGCUAUGAUGUGCCGCUGGAGGCACUGGGGAGAGACGUG